AUGACGUCCUACAUCCGCAAGAACGUGGACCCGACGGCCACUUAUGCCGACUCUAUUUGGGUGAACGCGGCCUUCAUGUUAGGUCAGGGCUCGCUCAUGACUGUGGGCGGCCUGCUCGAGGUCAGACUCGGGCCCCGAUGGACGUGUCUGUUAGGGUCUCUGGUGUUCAGCGGUUCCAUAGCAUUGACGUACUUCACGGUUCAGAUGGGAUUCGUUUACGUGGUCUUCAGCUACGGCUUUCUGGCGAGUCUGGGCGUCGGCAUCGCAUACGUGGCCCCUCUCGCGGCCGGAAUGAAAUGGUUCCCGGCGCGCAAGGGUCUCGUGAAUGGCAUAACAGUGGGCGGGUAUGGUAUGGGGGCUCUUGUCUUCAACCACGUCCAGACUGCUUAUCUAAACCCAUUGAACGCCUCCCCCGACACGGAUGGCUUCUUCACGGACGAGGCCAUCCUAUCGCGUGUGCCCUCACUGUUCGUGAUGUUGGGCGCCGUCUAUCUGAUGAUCCAAUUGAUCGCAUGUGCGCUCAUCUUCAGACCGCCGCUAUUCCCCGAUCAGAUCAUCUUCAAUGAGGGGAAGUUCCUUCUCAUCAAAUCCCCGUCCGAGUCGGUGCUGGAGUGCAGUUACAGCAGCUGUGACGAGGACUCGGCGUCCGGACGCCACUCCCCGCCCGUCCGCUCCGCACAGAAGAUUGAUUUGUCGCCCAAAGAGGCCAUCCAUACGAAUGCGUUCCUCCAGAUGUGGUUCAUGUUUGCGUUGAGUACACAAAGCGUUCAAUUCAUGAACACUAUGUAUAAGGCGUUUGGACAGCAGUUCAUAAAAGAUGAUUAUUUCUUGUCAUACGUUGGAUCCAUUGCCAGCGUGUUUAACGCCUUCGGACGUAUAGUCUGGGGUCAAGUGCUCGACAAGACGUCGUUCAAGACGUCGUUUAUCGCUGUUUGCGCUCUUCUCACGGGACUUAUACUCACAUUCAUAACCACUCAAUCGUUUAACAGUAAACUCCUGUACUUCAUGUGGGUUUCGGCCAUAUUUUUCUCGUUUUCCGGGAUUUUUGUAAUCUUUCCUACGGCUACUGCACAGGUGUUCGGCAAAACAAACGCCGGCACUAUUUAUGGGCUUUUAUUCACUGCACCGGCCCUGUCCUCACUAAUAGGCGCCCUAUUGUUCCAAAUCAUUCAGCACGAGUUGGGAUGGUUUGGAUCAUUCUUUAUGGUCGCAGUGCUCACUGUUUUAGCCCUUCUGUUAAUGGUUUUCUUCCCAUCAAAUGUCGAGUCAUUGCGAACCAGAAAAACCGAGAAUUGAAUGUAAAAGUCAUGAUUUGUAACUACCAUUAAAUGACAAGAAAUGGUAUUUACACUUACGGUUAAUGUGAUCCAAUGGUGCG